UGCCUUGAGUAUCUCCGCACCUAGAUGUAUAUACAGUAUACGGUAUACAUAUGUACGUAUUUAUGUGUAUACGGCUAGCAAGCUGUCCAAAACACAACGCACAAUAAUCCAGAUCAGACUGGAGAAGAGUGGAUGGGGCGAUGGGCACAUCACAUGGACCGCGCGCGUGGGCGGCACGUCUGGCUGAGCACGCACCGGCACGGGACAAACAACGGCCCGCCGGCCCCUCUCCUCGGUAUUCCGCGUCAGGCGCCGACACGCCGUGCCGCCCCGCUUGCAGACAUCAUGGCAAGCAAUGCGACAUGCGAGACUGGAGCUCGCUUGUUCGUCUUGCCAUCGUCUCUUUUCUUUGGGUUUUCUACCCGCUACGCGUGUAUUGGUCUUGGUCGGAAUCGGAAUACAGCUGCUCCAGCUCUUCUUCAGUCCCCCAAGCAGUGAUGAGCUGAGGAGCCAGGAGUUUGUCAGUUUCGCGCCUACCAACCGGUCCAGCCUCCGCGUCCAAGAUCUCUCCCCCUCUCCCAUCCACUAGUGUCUCCCACAGCCCGUUCGAUCCCCCGGCCGGGUCGGUGGUCGCCAAAGUCGAGGAGCAAUGGCGACCGACGCGAUCCUGGAGACGAUCAAGCCGCGGGGGAGCGAGGAGCAGCUGCCGGUGACCACGGCAGGGACCGGGAUCGAGCUGCGGCGGCGCAUCUCCUCCUUCUCGGCGCGCGUGAGGCCGUCGUCCUCCGUGGCGGCGUUCCGGCGCGCGCGGUCGAUGCCCUCCGUCAAGGCGCUGGCGGCGGCGGGCGCGCUGCGGCGGUGGUGGGAGUGGGGGCUCGGGUGGGUCACGGCACCGUUCGCGACCCGCGCGCUGGAGCUCGGCGGCGGCGACGACGACGACGACGACGACGACGAGGCGCGGCCGCUAGGCCUGGGCGGGUGCCGGUGCGCCGGCGGGUGGCGGCACACCCUCUUCAGGCUCCGCGCCGGGGCGCGCCGCCUGCUGGGGCGCGACGGCCGCCCGCUCAAGGCCCCCGCGCCGCAGGACUUCGGGUACGACUCCGUCAGCUACAAGCAGAACUUCGACGACGGCGAGGCGUGACGCCGAGCCGGCAUCGAUCGAGGAGGUGGGGGCCAUGGCGCUGUCGCUUCGCUUGCCGCCCGUACGUGAUCCAGCUCCCGCAAUAAAGCUACUGACGAUUUUGAUUUUGUGGUGAUGUAUAUGGCAUCUAUCUAUCUAUGUAAGUAUGGCGAUUGUGUGCAUGAUAUGACAUCGGUCGGUCUCGGAAGGAAGAUGAUCGAUCGAUCGUUGCCGCGAGUUGGAGACCCGGACCAUGAAUGGUCGGUCCGUGAACGGGCAUGUAACUUGUGUUCUUCUUUCGUUGUUUCGGGUCAUCGUCAUUGUCGCCGCUUUGCGUCA